AUGGCGACCAUUAUCGUUGACAAGAAAAGGGUUCUCCAUGUUGAGGGAGUUCCCUCGAGCGAAAAAGACCCUACCCAGAUUCCAACGUCCAAGGUGAACAGGCAAGGAAUUGUCCUCGUUCCUCAACCUAGCGAUGACCCCCAAGACCCGCUGAACUGGUCCACGGCAUACAAGGUUUUGAUGCUCGGGAUUCUUUGCCUGGGGGCAUUCUCAGCAACCUGCUCUGCAGUCGCGAACUCAUCGGGCUUUGUGGCACAAGCAAAGGUCUACCACAAAACACCAAUCGAGAUCUCAUACAGUGUCUCCGCAGGAACGGCUGGAGUCGCGGCCGGGCCUCUUCUAUGGCUGCCAAUCACGCAUAAGACCGGUCGUGUGGCUGGGAUCUUCUGGGGAAUGGCCCUCGCAUGCGGAUGUACGGUCUGGUCGGCGCUGAUGACAGCGCACGACGACUACAAUUCCUUUGUGGUCUCUCGACUGAUGACUUGUCUAUUCGCCUCAGUGGGCACAACCACGGGCUCAAGUUUCAUCUUGGAGAUGUUUUAUUUGCACCAGAGAGGGAGGGCGUUUGCCGCGUACAGCAUCAUUAUGCUUUCGGGGACAACCAUCGGGCCGACAUUUUCUGGAUUUAUCGUUCAGGGCGCAAGCUGGACCGUUCAGUUUUGGUAUCUAGUCGCACUUCAUGGCGUGGUCGCCAUCCUUGCUUUCUUCUUCCUCUAUGAAACAGGUUACACAAGACCCGGAGGGGAGGAGUACCCACGACAGCCUCGAGAUUUUUGGGCGAACAGGCUUGCUACACUGUUCGGUCGAAGAAGUGUAGUGGCAAAUCGAACGUGGAAGGAAAUGGCUUCACUCGGCUGGUCCCAAAUCAGGAUCUUUUUGCUGCCGGUCACGCUUAUCUUCGGAGGCUUCCAGCUUGUCAUCUUUGGCUGGGCCGUGGCAUUUCAGGCAUUACUGGCAGUCUUUCUUCAAACCCCAGUUGGUUACGGAGGCUAUGGCUUCUCACCUGGCCGGAACGCUGCAUGCUGGUUUACAGUUGCCGUGUGCCUGGUAUACGGGCAUAGCGUCGGGGACCGUCUCUCAUUCUACAUCGCCAGACGCUACCACAAGGGCAUAUGGAAGCCCGAGCAUCGGCUGCAUUCGCUCUGGAUUCCCUUGGUUGUCAUCCCCAUUGGGCUCGGGCUGAUCGCGGCCUCGUUGCAAUACCACCUGCACUACAUGGUUCUCGCGCUGGGAAGUUUUGUGUUUGUGUUUGGCGUGAUUUCCACCGCCCCUGUCAGCGCAAACUAUCUCGUCGAAUGCUUCACCAAGCACUCCGUCGAAACCACCGCGGUGGUGAACUUCUAUCGGUUGAUCUUGGGACUCACCGUGCCAUUCUACGUCGAGGAUUGGGAAAAAGCAGUUCACGGACCAGGCUGGGUGUUUGGCAUGAUGGCACUUUUCACCGUCGCGUACACUCCGUUACUCCUUGUCCUGGUCUUGAGGGGCUCGUCAAUCCGGCGUCUGAGCGCAAAGUUAUCGACUGGCCUGGUUUCGACGGAGGAGGGUAUGUCGAUUGCUCAGGGUGCUGCAACUCAGACUCAGGGUGCGCAUUGA